CUUGCAAGUCGAAUCUCAACGUCGGACCUCGUGUCAAUUGACCUCUAUAUUUCAGUCGAUUGAGAUGGUACGCAAUUAUUGACGUCCGGUAGGCAUGGCUAACGCUGCAUAGCAUGGUGUUAAACGAGUUCGCUACUCACGAGAGGCACUUGAGGCUAAGAGGCAGAAGGAACAAGCCAAGCUUAAGGAGUAUCUCGUGCUAAACGACGACGUACUGGCUAAGAUAUACACUGUGUGGAACUACAGACGCGACAUUCUGAUUCACGGCAUAUUCCCGAACAGUUCGCCCUCGGGGGUGAAUGAGCGCAUCACGGACGAGCUGUCCCUCACCACCUCGUACUUGAAGCAGCAUCCCAAAGUCUAUGCAAUUUGGAAUCACCGUAGGUGGUGUCUGGCGAAUGUUCCCGACGGCCCAUCCGAUACCGACCGCGAUGGUUGGCGUCAGGCUUUUUGGAACAAGGAAUUGUACGUAGUGGAGAAGAUGCUCGACGCGGACGCACGUAAUUUCCAUGCCUGGAAUUAUCGUCGUUACGUCCUGGCGAGUAUGCCUGUGAAGCGUCCGGUGCAGACCGAAUUGAUAUACACGACACGGAAGAUCGAAGCCAACUUCUCGAAUUUCAGCGCAUGGCACCAACGUUCCAAAGUGCUGACGUCUCUUUGGGCAAACGGUCUGCUCGAGCCAUUCAAAUCGAAGGGAGAAGAAUACGACCUCGUGAAGAACGCGAUGUACACCGACCCCGGUGACCAGAGCGUCUGGAUUUAUCAUCGAUGGCUGAUCGGGGCAGGCGACGAUUACGAUGUUCUGCAGAGGGAGAUUACUUCUAUCGAAGAACUCUUGGAUGAACAGCCGGACAGCAAAUGUGAGAACACGAGGAUGCCAUGAACGCCAACUGACGAAUGAGAAUGCAUAGGGUGCAUGGAGUCCCUUGUGUUUUACAAACGACUAGUGCUGCGGCACCACGCGCAACAGCUAAAUGAGGCGGACCGGCUAUUGUUGACUGAAGCAUGUCUACGAUUGCUCUCCAGCCUGCAAGACAUCGAUCCGAACCGCCGGCAACGAUACGAGGACCUGGCUGCGGACUUGAAGAAGAUCAUCAGAUAAAGCCCCUGGUCGACCAGCAGUCCACUGGCACUACGUCCAGAGCCAAUUCAGAGCUGUGAUCUCUCCUAUAGUACGCCGUCGGAGUGCGCUCGUUCACAGACGUCAUGACGUCAAU